UACUUCACAUCGUUCUACUACCAUGAGACAAUCUUCAAACUUAUAUCCUUAGCCAAGUUCUUGCUAAUUCUCAUUAGCCUUUCAAAGUUUUAACUGCAGCCUACCUUUUUUCAAUGGCGCCUCAUGGAGAAGCUAUUGCUACCUCUUACUCUACAUCCACCAAAAACAUCUCCAAAUCCAAACCACCAAGGCUCUCAUUCUCAUCCGAUAGCCUUAAAAGAACCAUAUCAGAUAUCUCAUUCGAACUCAGCAAGGAGAGCUCUAUAGAGGAUCUUAAAGCACUCCAACCCAUUUCAGAGGUUGAAGACGCAAGGUGCGAGUGUUGUGGCAUGAGCGAAGAGUGCACGCCUGAGUACAUAGAUCGAGUACGAAACAAGUACUUGGGGAAGUGGAUAUGUGGGUUGUGUGCUGAGGCAGUGAAAGAAGAGCUGGAAAAAAAUGGAGGGAACAAAGAAGAGGCCUUGAAUGCACAUAUAAGUGCAUGUGUUAGGUUUAACAAGUAUAGUAGGGCUUAUCCGGUUUUGUUCCAAGCUGAAGCUAUGAAAGAUAUGUUGAAGAAGAGCAAACCAGAAGGGACAAGUAUGAGGGCUAAGUCCAUCAGUCCUAGGGACAAAGGGGGAUCAAGGAAGGGUGUGAUUGCUCGGAGUUCGAGCUGUAUUCCGGCAAUUACUAGGGAGAUGAUAUGAAUGUUGAUAUCUCUAGGGGAGAUGGUUCUAUAUUUCUCAACCAUGACGUCUAGUGUCUAGUAUAGCUCUCCCUCUAAAUCUUCUGAAAUACUUCUAGCGUUCCUCAGCUUCCAAAUCUCCUAGUUCACAAAAUAUGUGUCGGUUAUCUGAAGUCAACUCUAAAUGGGUUUUUUCGGGGUCGUCAUCCAAAGUCUCCUAGCUACCCAGUCUGAGUUUCUGAGGCUUUUUUUCAUGUCUAGUCGAUUGGCAUCCCACCUUUCAGUCAAUGUAUCCUCUAGGGUUUUCUUUUGGUGGGUUUGUGAUCAAUAUUCCUAGUUUUUCUAAAUCCAUGCACGUACCUACGCUUAUGUUAGUUAACUUGAAGCAGCCUCACAUAUGUGUGUCACCCCUAUGGGGUUUUUGGGGUUACUCUAAAUGCUUCUUCAAUGCCCUUUUCCCCUAGGGUUCUAUUUCCUCCUUCCACUUAAUUCUUCUUUUGUCUACUGCGUGAAGGAUCAAAGUGCCUAGAAUAUAGCCCCCUAUUAGCUUAUGUUUAUCAUACGCUAGUUGUUGGUUUCUCUGAAGAGCUCACUUUGUCCUUUCUAUGUAAUUUUAAUUAAUCAUGUAAUUUAACGUAUUUUUAUUUUAGUAAUAAUAAUGUUGUGUUAUUAUUAUUUCUUUCUGAAA